AUGACUCUCGUUAUUCCUCCAUCCAAAUUGCGCGAUAUUCGUCGGGAAGCCAGCCGCAUUUUACACCGUUCGACCACCACGUUAAGACAGCUUUCGUCCUUUAUUGGCAAGGCCCAAACAACGACAUUAGCGGUUCUACUGGCACGCCUACAGACCGGACAUCUUAUCACUGCUCGUAAUCUAGCUUUGCGCCGUGAUACAGUUGGGAAAGGUGUCCGCCACCUUAAUCAUUCCCAACUGGCCAAGUGCAUUAUGGUACCCACUCCUUCUCCACUCCACCUUUCGCCCCCCACUUUCUAUCCCACACCAGUAUGUGCUACCGGCCCCAGGAAGUUCCAGCGACGUUCUUCAACGAAACCCCCACUGGCACAUAAUAGCAUGGGAUAUAGGCCGGCAUAA